CGUCGUCACUUCGGGCUGGGCGGCGCGGCGGGCCCGGAACAGAGACCUCUGAUUCGGCCACCACCCCCAGGACGGGACCCACAGAGUCGCUGGAUCGGCACCAGCAUGUCGGGCGAGGCGAGCGCGCCAGGGGCCUCACCCAGGGCCCCGCGUCCCGGGACCCAGAAGUGGUCUGGCACAGUAGCCAAGAAGGGCGAUCGUGCGGCCAAGGAGAAACCGGCACCCAUCCUGACGCCGGUGGGCGAGGAGGAGCCCAAAAACCCUGAGGAGUACCAGUGCACCGGGCUCCUGGACACCGACUUCGCCGAGCUCUGCACGCGGUCGGGCUACACGGACUUCCCCAAAGUUGUCACCCGGCCUCGCCCGCAUCCGACCUUCGUCCCCUCCGCCUCAAUCUCGGAAAAACUCACCCUAGACGAUCAGCGGCUGUCGGCGUCCUGCAGCCUUAACAGCCUGGAGAGCAAAUACGUGUUCUUCCGGCCCACCAUCCAGGUGGAGCUGGAGUCCGACGAAAAGUCGGUGAAGGAGAUCCACAUCGGCGGUUGGAGGGUGGAGGAGCGGAUCCUGGGUAUCUUCUCUAAAUGUCUGCCCGCGCUGAGCCAGCUGCAGGCUAUCAACUUGUGGAAGGUGGGGCUGACUGAUGAGACCCUGACCACCUUCAUCGCCCUCCUGCCGCUCUGCUCAUCCUCGCUCAGGAAGGUGUCUCUGGAGGGGAACCCGCUGCCGGAGCAGUCCUAUCACAAGCUCAUGGCACCGGAGAGCACGAUCGCGCACUUGUCUCUGCGGAACAACAACAUUGACGACCGCGGGGCGCAGCUCCUGGGCCAGGCUCUGUCCACACUGCACAGCUGCAACCGCACCCUGGUCUCGCUCAACCUGGGCUUCAACCGCAUCGGGGACGAGGGCGCCGGCGACAUCGCGGACGGCCUCCGGCUGAACCGCUCCCUGCUCUGGCUGUCCCUGGCGCACAACCGCAUCCAGGACAAGGGCGCCCUGAAGCUGGCCGAGGUGCUGCGCCCCUUCGAGUUGACACACACCGAGGUGGUGGAGCGCCGGCGCCUCCUGCUGGAGAAGGGGACGCAGGAGCGCUCGCGGUCGCCUUCCACCUCUCGGCACGGGGACUCCAAAUCAGACCGGGAGAAGAGCCAGACAGGGGGGCUCAGCAGUGUUUCCUUGGUGGACAAGACCGACAAGACACAGGUGGUGAAGGCCGCUAAGGGCCUGGGCAAGAAAAAGGAGAAGCCGGGGGAAGUGGUGAAGAAAGAGGAGAAGUCAGGCUCUGGGCAGCCGCCUGCACAAGGAACCCUUAAAAAAGACGACUUCAAGGCAAGCAAGGGGAAGGUCACCAUCCCCGAGCAGAAACCAACCAAGGGCAAAGGGCCCAAGACUGGGGUCAGAGAGAAGCGCAGCACCCUCCUGGAGUCAGAGCAGCUGGUAGCUGAGACCACUGAGACGGUCAGUCCUCUCCUGGAGCCGGUGGAGCACCGGGAUGGGAAAGUUUUCAUGCCAGGGAACAAAGUCCUCUUGCACCUCAACCUCCUCCGAAACCAGAUCACAGAGGUGGGGCUGGAGGGCUUCCUGGCUGCAGUGCAGUACCAGGCACAGUUUACCCAAGCCAACAGCGCGUCCAAGGGCCCCGUGGGGCUGCUGUGGCUGUCCCUGGAGAAAAACUGCUUCUUCCCACAAUGUCCUGCGUACGCCACGAUCCAGGAGCUGAUGCUGCCAAGGGACCCCAUCAGUAAGGCCGAGCCAAGGGAGGAGGCGGCCUUGGCCCCCUCCACCUAGCCCGCCCCUCCCUCCUUCCCAGAGGCCCGGGGCUGCAGAAGCCUCUCCACGAGUGGGCUGACUCCCUGGGGGAGAUCUCAGAUCAUUAACAAAUCCUAUUGCUGUACUUUUUUCCUUGAGGUUGUCUGAAAACUGUUCCAGAACA